AUGUCUUUCCGCGACCUCCGCAAUUUCACAGAGAUGAUGAGAGCCUUGGGAUACCCUCGACAUAUCUCUAUGGAAAAUUUCCGCACACCAAAUUUUGGACUUGUGUCUGAAGUGCUUCUUUGGCUGGUGAAACGGUAUGAACCUCACACUGACAUCCCUUCAGAUGUGGAGACUGAACAAGACCGAGUUUUCUUCAUUAAGGCAAUCGCCCAGUUCAUGGCCACCAAGGCACAUAUAAAACUCAAUACCAAGAAGCUUUAUCAGGCAGAUGGGUACGCAGUGAGAGAACUUCUCAAGAUCACCUCUGUCCUUUAUAACGCCAUGAAGACCAAAGGGCUGGAGGGCUCGAAGAUAGGAGAAGAGGACGUCGGCAAAUUCAAGUUUGAUCUCGGCUCAAAGAUUGCAGACUUGAAAGCAGCCAGGCAGCUUGCUUCUGAGAUCACAUCCAGAGGGGCCUCUCUGUAUGACCUGCUGGGCAAGGAGGUGGAGCUGAGGGAACUGAGAACAGAAGCAAUUGCCAGACCUCUAGAAAUAAAUGAGACUGAAAAAGUGAUGAGAAUUGCAAUAAAAGACAUUCUGGCACAGGUUCAGAAGACUAAAGACCUGCUCAAUAACGUGGCCUCUGACGAAGCUAAUUUAGAAGCCAAAAUCGAGAAGAGGAAAUUAGAACUGGAAAGAAAUCGGAAGCGACUCCAGACUCUGCAGAGUGUCAGGCCGGCCUUUAUGGAUGAAUAUGAGAAGAUCGAGGAGGAGUUGCAGAAGCAGUAUGACAUUUAUCUGGAGAAAUUUCGAAAUCUGGCUUAUCUGGAACAGCAGCUUGAAGACCAUCAUAGGAUGGAGCAAGAGAGGUUUGAGGAAGCUGAGAACACUCUGCGUCUGAUGCAGAACAAGCUGAAGGAAGAAGAAAAGCGUCUGCUCAAGACUGAAGGUCAUGACGACUCGGACGUUGACAUCCAGGAGGAAGACGAAUCUGACAGCGAAUUGGAGGAGAGACGGCUGUCCAAGCCGCGGACGGCCAUGGAGGUGCUCAUGCAAGUGGGUCUCUGGGCCCCCGGAGCAGAGCGGCAUCCGGUGGUGUUUCUGAGACCUCAGCGGGAAAGCCGGCCCCUGCAGCACCGGGAGGACUCGGAGGACAGUGAGAUUGACAUGGAGGGCGAUGAAGACGACGACGAUUUGGAAGACGAGAGCGUUGCUGUCUCGCCAGCGAAGCCCAGUCGAAGGGUCCGGAAACCUGAGCCCCUGGAUGAGAGCGACAAUGACUUCUGA